UCUACAAAAUCCUUCUUCGUAUACAUGCGAAAAGUCACAAAAAGAAAAAUAAAAUAUUCUGUCUUUCACGAAGCGAAAUUAUUAAAUUUUAGAAUAAUGAAGUCCCGAAACAAAUAUAAUAUCAAAUGAGCACAAAAACCCGCCAAAAUGGCGUACCUCGCUCUGCUCUGGAAAGCGCGAACUAUAGAAAAAUGCAGACUGAAAUAUGAAAAAGAGAAAAUGAAUUCGAUAAAUUCCAAGACAGAAUUACGGAGCACUAGUAUAUAUCAAAAAUGGACCGUGUACCGUAAUGAUUCGCAGAAGAAAUUCGAACAAAUUUACAGUAGCUUGUGCCCUGAGGGUUCGAGACUUGCGAAUUCGUGCACUUUUCUCAAGGAAAAUUCAAGUUUUAUUUUAAAAAUUGUGAUUGGUAUCGUCGGGGGAAUUUUGACGUAUUUUCUUUACACUGUCUUCGUUUGUCAGCUGUCUGUUUGGACUUUUUUGGGUUGGGCUAUUAGCUUGGCAAUAACUUUGGGUGUCGUUUUUAGUUCCACAGCCAGAUGCCUGGUACUCCUGCUAAUACCUGGACUCUUCUCACGUGUAGGCCGAUACACCCUGGCCUGCUACGCCUUGGUUCUCAUCCUCACUGGACCAGCCACCAACACUUUGAAGAACCUGGAUACCCUCUCUGCUUCCUUGGCUUGUGGGCAGGAACACAUAAAAUCCAGUGUCAAAGACAUCAAGGAAUCCAAGGAAAGCCCGUUGAAUCUGGUCCAAGAAACGAUGAGCGGGACUAUAGAGAAGAUCGAAUAUUUGGCUGCGAACAUGAAGAAAUUGAUGGUGAGGAUACAUCGCCUGGCCAUGAGUAUAGCUCACGUCCUCCAAUCGUCUUUAUCCUGGCUAAAUUCCAUCGAACUGGUCUGCAAAGAAAAACUAGGAACACCAUACGAGCACUGCACCAAGAUCCUUUCCCAAGGAGCGGAAGAUUGCUAUAAAGAAUUCCCGGAACUGACAAACCAGUGGGAUUGGAAGCUGAUAGUGAAGGCUGUGUGUUUUAAUAUGAAGCUAGAAGAGCCACUUUGCGUGGUUGGUGAUUUUGCGAAGGGAAGCAUUGUUGCUACUGUAAAGAAAAAACUAAACACAUACUCAACCCGCCUGCAAUCCCUGCUCUCCGUCGACAUUCACAUCCGCCGCUCUCACUCACGCUGCAACGGCAGCCAGCCCGUCAGCCAAGCGGCCGCCGGCGUCAUCACCGACCUGCGCAACCGCGCUGACAUGCUGCUCGCCUGGCUGUCUUGGACUUGCGCGCUUACUGGCUUGUUCCUGAUGCUCAUUAUACUUAGAGCGAAGUACUACCUGCACAUGUUCAGGACUCGAUCUCGAUUUGACAACCGCUACGUCACAAAAGAGCUUCGAGAGCUGGACCUGAAGAGGCAGCGGCAAGGCAGGGAGACAGUCCUGCCUCUGAAUACUAGGGAGAGGGCUAAAUACGUUGCGACCUCCUCGUUCCGGCUGCUCCCUUCAGAGAGGAUGUACCUGACCAGGUCCAUAGUGUUCAUGGUGAUCACGACCCUCAAGCUGAUGAUUCACAUGGUGGCCGACUACAGCCUUUAUUGGGUGUUGAUGAACGUACGGUUCCAUGGCAGUGAGCAGACCUUUCAACCUACCAACCGCACAGAGAGAAUUCUAGUGUCGGGCUCGGGUCCUCUGGCGGCGACGGUCCGCUUGCUGCUGGAGGCGCUCAGUGUGCCCCUUAUACUGCCCGCGACAUCCACGGCGGCCUGCCUGCCCGACCCGCACCCGCCUGACUUGCGGCGAUAUGCGCACAUUGGAACCCUCAUUCUGCUGCUGUGGCUACUAGCGCUGUUUGAGCCUUAUGGCUUGAGACUUCGACACGUGAUCUCAGGCCACUACGAGCCAGAACGAGCUAAGGCUCGAGCAGUCUGGCUUUACUAUCACAUUAUUAGGACGAGAAGCUGCUUCCUGAAAUACGCUAGAAGGAAACUUCACAGACAAUUCAAAUACAUGUCGGAGCAGAAAUACACAUUUCAAAAUAUGCUAAAUAAUUGUAUACCAUGCCAGUGGCUACGGACUUUGCUAGGAGUGGGACCAGCCGAGCUGCAUUGCUUGCUGUGCUGUACGAAACACCGUCAAGAAGAUCUCGAUCGACAUCUGAAAAGAUGUGAAACUCCGUCGUGCCCCGGAGUGUACUGCGCCCGGUGUUUCGUGGACAUCGGAGAGCUCUGCACGAUAUGCUACUCGCCCGAAGACUACGGCGACUUCAGCGAUGUCAGCCUGGAAAAAUUUGCCUCUGAUGACGACGGUUCUGAUUAUGACGGUGAUGAUAAUAUGCCUCUCAUGGGAACGCAAGAUUAUGAAAUAAAUGAGGAUGAAAAAGGCACAUGGAGUAAUCGUAAUAAGAAAAACAAUAGCAGCGUGUUUUUGUAUUCAAGAUGUAGAAGUAGUAAUCAAGAAUCAACACCGCUCUUAGAUUGUGAUUUUUUGAACAAAGAUUACGCUCAACGAGGAAUGAUUAAAAAGAAAUGUAAUAAUGCUUUUAGUCUACAUAAAGUAGAUGGAGAUUUUCCAAUCAAGAGCGAAGCCAUAUUUAAACCUAAUCAGAUUGAUAUGAUACAUGAAAUAAUGGCAGAUAAAAUUCCUCAAAAUAAUGAAGAUAAGGCAAACUUAUCGCCUUUAUACAAAAGUAGAAAAGCGCCAAUGGUUUUUGGUGAUACAGAUGUUACAGUAAACGGCAUAUCGUUUCCCAAACGAAAAUUUGGUGCUAUUAUAAAAAUGAUGAUGCUCCUAACUACAAAAGAUGAGAAUUGUAAUAAAUACAAACGUAACGUUACUACCAAACACAAACCAUUCGAAUAUCUUGUCAUGGAAAUGUUCCAGCCUUCUGACCUAUUUCACAGAAUAUCUGUAGAGAGACGUAAUAAAUGCAGUUGCGAUCAGUAUCAUGGUAAAACUAAAGACAGGAAUGAAACCUCGGGAAACGUAAUUCGAUUUUUGUUUGACAAUCCAGGCUUCGCAAGGAAAUCGAAUAGUACCGAAGCCAUACGAAAUACUGAUUUACAGACAGACUUUAACUUUGGAAAAUCAGAACCUAUUUUGAAAUAUAUACGAAGUGCCCAAGAAAGAAAAGAACAUACAUUGAUGAAACUGACUAAAAAUUUGUGGUCUGCAAGGCGUAAUGUAAAACGUUUCUUGGACAUCAAGAAAUCAAUAACUAACAGUGUUAUAGAAAGAUCAAAGUAUUUUAGAAUUAAUUGUGAUAAAAGGUUCAUUUGUAAGAAACGAAAACGCAGAAAUCAACGUGAUAUAGGUUUAGGGCUUAUGUCAAUAGUCAGUAAAGUUUUCAAUAAUAAUAAAUCGGUUGAUAAUGUGAAUGACAUUGUAAACGACAAUUACGGCGGUUUCGUGCAAGGAAAUAACGCAUCAGUCAACAUUAAGACGUCGCUUAAAGAAAGGAAACAAGCAUCAGGAGAUGCGAUGGGUUUUGAAAGUCGUCCAAAAUCCGCGAAGCAAGUGAAUGAAUGUAAAAAUUACUCGCACAAUGUAAGCAAUUCUAGAAAAGAGAAAACUUUUGAUAUACAGGCUGCUGCAGAUACAAGCGACGUUGAAUGUCCUUCCAAAGAAUCAAAUGACAUCAAUGAUAUAGAAAUUCAAAACAAUGGUGACCUUAAAACUAGUACAGCUCAAACAAGACGCCAAAAUACCAAAAAACUUGGAUUUUGGGGAAGUCUUCGUGUGAGAAGAAGAAGGACUCGCUCACCACAUUUAUUUUCUAUCAAUUUGAAAAACGAACCAUCCUUUUAUAACUUUUUUGCGAAUUAUAAAAGGAGGAAAAAGCGUGGAUUUAAAAAAGAAGAGAACGCUAUAAAAGGAAGCAAUGUUAACGAUAAUCCUAGGAGCUACAGAGAAUCUCGCAGUCUUGAAGAAAGGGAAUCGUAUAAAAGGAUGGCCAAAUAUAAUGGUAUUAUGAAUAUGGCAAAUACUGAUAUUUUGUUGGGUCCUGUGGACUCCAAAAUGUCUGAAUAUCCGAAAAAAGCAUUGGGCAUGCCUUUUAUAAGAUAG